GCCCCUCCCCUCUGGCCUGGCAGCUGCCAGCCCCGGGACCUUUUCAUCUCUUUCCUUUUGGCCAGAGGAUCCGAGUUCAGAUCCGCCACUCGGCACCGCGACUGACACACUGCCUUACAGCCAUUCACCCUUUCCACCCCUCUCCUUCCGUUUCGUCGCUCCAAGAAAAAAAAAAAAUUUUUUUUUUCUUCCCAAAUUCAGGGCUCCCCACUUUCCCUCCCUUAUUAUUUGUCCAGUUUGGGAACGACUUGUAUUCUCUUUUUUGAAAGAAUUCAAGCAAGAUACAUUUUCCAUCGGGCAUCAACCCUUGAUUGUUUGCAAAAGUUUCGCAUUAACAAACAACUCCACCUGAUCUGCACUUUGAGAAUUGUCGUUUUCUUCUUUUUUUUUUUAGAACUUUUUUUCUAGGUUUUUUUUUUUUUUUUUUUUUUUUUUUUUUGAAAAAUGCACUACUGUGUGCUGAGCGCUUUUCUGAUCCUGCAUCUGGUCACGGUUGCGCUCAGCCUGUCUACCUGCAGCACACUCGAUAUGGACCAGUUCAUGCGCAAGAGGAUCGAGGCGAUCCGCGGGCAGAUCCUGAGCAAGCUGAAACUCACCAGCCCCCCAGAAGACUAUCCCGAGCCGGAGGAAGUACCCCCGGAGGUGAUUUCCAUCUACAACAGCACCAGGGACUUGCUCCAGGAGAAGGCGAGCCGGAGGGCAGCCGCCUGCGAACGCGAGAGGAGCGACGAGGAGUACUACGCCAAGGAAGUCUACAAGAUAGACACGUCCUACUUCCCCUCCGAAACUGUCUGCCCAGUUGUCACAACACCCUCUGGCUCAGUGGGCAGCUUGUGCGCCAGACAGUCCCAGGUGCUCUGUGGGUACCUUGAUGCCAUCCCACCCACCUUCUACAGACCCUACUUCAGAAUUGUCCGAUUUGAUGUGUCAGCGAUGGAGAAGAAUGCCUCCAACCUGGUGAAAGCAGAAUUCAGAGUCUUCCGUUUGCAGAACCCAAAAGCCAGAGUGUCCGAACAACGCAUAGAGCUGUAUCAGAUUCUCAAAUCCAAAGAUUUAACAUCUCCAACCCAGCGCUACAUUGAUAGCAAAGUGGUGAAAACGAGAGCAGAGGGCGAAUGGCUCUCCUUCGACGUAACUGACGCCGUUCAUGAAUGGCUUCACCAUAAAGACAGGAAUCUGGGAUUUAAAAUAAGUUUACACUGUCCCUGCUGCACUUUUGUACCAUCUAAUAAUUACAUCAUCCCAAAUAAAAGUGAAGAACUAGAAGCAAGAUUUGCAGGUAUUGAUGGCACCUCCACAUAUACCAGUGGUGAUCAGAAAACUAUAAAGUCCACUAGGAAAAAAAACAGUGGGAAGACCCCACAUCUCCUGCUAAUGUUAUUGCCCUCCUACAGACUUGAGUCACAACAGUCCAACCGGCGGAAGAAGCGUGCUCUGGAUGCAGCCUAUUGCUUUAGAAAUGUACAGGAUAAUUGUUGCCUACGCCCACUUUACAUUGACUUCAAGAGGGAUCUCGGGUGGAAAUGGAUACAUGAACCCAAAGGGUACAAUGCCAACUUCUGUGCCGGGGCAUGUCCAUAUUUAUGGAGUUCAGAUACUCAGCACAGUAGGGUCCUCAGCUUAUAUAACACCAUAAAUCCAGAGGCAUCGGCUUCUCCCUGCUGUGUGUCCCAGGAUUUAGAACCCUUAACAAUUCUCUACUACAUCGGCAAGACACCCAAGAUCGAACAGCUAUCUAAUAUGAUCGUAAAAUCUUGCAAAUGCAGCUAAACGUUUUGGAAAGGUGGCAAGACAAAAACCAUAAUGUUGAUAAUGAUGAAUUUAAUGAUAAUGAUGACGAUGAUGACAAUGAUGAUGCUUAUAACAAGAAAACAUAGGAGAGCCUUGAUUCAUCAGUGUUAAUUUUUUUUUUUUUUGAAAAAGCGGUACUAAUUCAAACACUUUGGAAGUUUCUGUUGUUUGUUAAAACUGCCAUCUGAAACAAAGAAAGCCGAAAGCCUUAUUCUACAUGACACCUACCUUGUAAGUGAGAGAGACAAGAAGCAAAAUCUUUUUUUUAUUUUAAGAGAAAAAUAAACACUGGAAGAAUUUGUUGGUGUUAAUUAUGUGAAAGAAAAAAAAAAAAACAGGAAAAUCCCGCUAAGUGGAGUUGCUGUACGUACCGUUCCUAUCCCAUGCCUCACUUGACUUUUCUGUAUUGCUAUGCAAUAGGCACUCUUCCCAUUCUUACUCCUAGAGUUAACAGUGAGUUAUUUAUUGCGUGUUACUAUAUAAUGAACAUUUCAUUGCCCUUGGAAAAUAAAACAGGUGUACAAAGUGGAGACCAAAUACUUUGCCAGAAACUCAUGGAUGGCUUAAGGAACUUGAACUUAAACGAGCCGGAAAAAAAAGAGGUCAUACUAAUGGGAAGAAAACCCAAGUGAGUUAUUAUAUGUAUGGCUGAACAAGUCUGCAUUUAGAUAAAGACCCUGAAAACUCAUGCGAUAUCCCAACUGCCUGAGGAAGCUUCUUAGAAGAUUAAAACAUUAAAAAAAAAAAGCUUGUUAAUAAAGGAAACUGAGUCAG